UGAACGCUCGUCAGUGUGCAGCGCGGCGACCUACACAGGAGACGCCAUGCGCGCGGGCGAGGUGGCCUACGCCUCUUUGGAGGCGCUCAUAGCCGUCUGCUGCUGCCUCGGCAACGCUCUGGUUAUCGUCGCCGUGUGGACCACCAAACGAGUCGGGCAGCCCACCUUCUGUCUGAUCGUGUCGCUGGCGGUGGCCGAUUGCGCCGUGGGCCUUGUGGCCAUCCCGUUGGCCGUGCUGGUGGACGGCAGGGCGAGAACGUCUUUUCGCGGUUGCCUCUUCAUCAGCUGCGUGGUCAUCCUGCUGACCCUGGUGUCCAUUCUGUCCCUCAUGGCCAUCUCACUCGACCGCUUCCUCCGGGUUUACAUCCCUCUAAGGUACAAACGCACGGUCACACACAGACAUUCAUGGUGCGCGGUUGCUGCGUGUUGGCUUGUCGCUCUACCUCUGAGUUUUGCCCCCAUGCUAGGCUGGCACAACAAAGACACCACCUCCAACAGUUCCCCCAACUCUACGUUCACCUGCCAGUUCAUCGCCGUGAUCCCCAUGUCCUACCUGGUCUACUUCAACUUCUUCCUCUGCACCCUGACGCCACUGACAGUCAUGUCGGCCCUUUAUGGCUACAUCUUCUGCAUCAUUCGCGGCAACCUCAGAGAGAAGCCGGGCAACGGCGCCCAGGUCAAAUCUAGCGUCUACCUGAGGAAAGAGAGGGAGCUGGCCAGCUCUCUUUCCCUGGUCUUGGCGCUCUUCGCCCUUUCCUGGAUCCCGCUCCACGUGCUGAACUGCGUGGCCUACUUUGAAACUGCCGAGGUGCCGGUGAGCGCUUUCCACGUGGGGAUCCUGUUGUCUCACGCCAACUCGGCCGUGAACCCGGUGGUGUACGCCUUCAAGAUACGCAAGAUCAGGACGGCGUACCUGAACCUCUGGAGGAGAGUCAUCAAGUGCGGGGAUGAGCCCCAAGGGUCUAACUCCAGCCAGACUCUGGACAACAACCCAAGUAGCAACGCCGUGGACAUCAAUGUGCAAUUUAAUGCUUAAAGGGGGUCAUCUUAAAUGCUUGUUUACAGACAGUUGGUUUUCUGGAAUGCCUGUCCAACCAUCAAAUAGAGACUUUAAAAAAAAAAAAAGUUUUUGUUAUCUACCGACUUUUGAAAAUGUUCUGCGCAAACAUUGACGCCCCACUCUGAUGUCACAGGGUGGCAGAGUCGCAAAAGUCUGUGGUGACUUCGCACAACUGCCGUUCAUUUGCAGUCUGGAUUCAGACGGGUGAAAAGGCCUUGGACUAAAUCGCCUGAAAAAACUGUCAUGCAGCGGGGCCCAUCACGCACAAACAUCCCCGUGGCUGCGACACCCAUGCUAACAGGUUAUGCCAAAAUGUAAGCAGAGCUGCACUGAAUUUUGCUGGAUUCACUGGAAAGCAGGAGCAAAGCAGCACUUACCUGAUUAUGCCUGGUGAGGUUCUCAAUAAUAAUAAUAAUGCAGUGUGUCUUAUUGUCUAUGAUUUUUCUUCAUGUUACACACUUCGUUUCAUUUCCAUUUUUUUAAAAGUGCUCUGUGAAUAAAA